GAAGAAGUCAAGUCAUGUCAGGUUUAAUGUUAUGGCCCAAGAUCACAAAUUACCACGUUGCCUCAGCGCGAGGAGUAAGACGUGUUAGGAGCUUCUUCGCUUCCCGUAGUGACGUGUGAAACCCGGAAGUAAGAGCAUCUCACGUGGCCGUGGUGUUGGUUGUGUGCUGCCGGCUGUGUUGGCCUGGUGUCGGGACUGGGGUGUCGGGACUGAGGUGUCGGGACUGGUGUCGGGACUGGGGUGUCGGGACUGAGGUGUCGGGACUGGUGUCGGGACUGGGGUGUCGGGACUGAGGUGUCGGGACUGGUGUCGGGACUGGGGUGUCGGGACUGAGGUGUCGGGACUGGGGUGUCGGGACUGGGGUGUCGGGACUGAGGUGUCGGGACUGGGGUGUCGGGACUGAGGUGUCGUGGCUUCAGACAUCAUGUCCGUGUCCAUGGAUGGGGUGGUCCCGGGACAGUUUGACGAUGCCGAAGCAGACAAUUCCUGUGAUGGUGCUCAGCUGGAGCUAUGUACCUUAAAGAACCAGAUCAGCAACAUCAGACUGGAUUCUGGAUCACAGGACCCUCAUGAGGAGAAGGAAGAUGGGACUGAAGUUGACAGUGAAGAUGAAGAAGAUGAUGACUGUGAAGAAGAUGAUGACUGGGAUUGGAGGGAAACUGGGGCAAAGCUGAUUAAACGCUACAACAGUGCCAACACAACAGGCGUCAACUCCCAGGUAAAUAAACAGAGCUCCUCCAAUAAGAUGCUGAAAUCCUCCACACCCUCUGACAAAGCACUGCAGAAAUACGAACACAAGAUCAGCCUGGAUAAACUGAAUUACGCAGAUGCGGUGAUCAACAAAGUGACAGCGAUGCAGCGACAGAGAGAAGUCGACACGUAUCGAGUGAAGGACAAAUCAGAUCGUGCUACAGUUGAGCAGGUUCUGGACCCACGAACACGAAUGAUACUCUUCAAGAUGCUGAGUCGAGGAGUCAUCUCUGAAAUCAAUGGCUGUAUCAGCACUGGGAAGGAGGCCAAUGUAUACCAUGCUACCACGGCCAGUGGAGAGAGCCGAGCCAUCAAGAUCUACAAGACGUCCAUCUUACUGUUCAAAGACCGUGACAAAUACGUCAGCGGGGAGUUUCGGUUCCGCCAUGGAUACUGUAAAGGCAACCCCAGGAAGAUGGUGAGGACCUGGGCAGAGAAGGAGAUGAGGAACCUGAUCAGACUGCAGACUGCUGGGAUCCCUAGCCCGGAGCCUGUGAUGCUGCGCAGCCAUGUUUUACUGAUGUCCUUCAUCGGCAGGGACGAUAUGCCGGCUCCUCUACUGAAGAAUGCUGCUCUGUCAGAGUCCAAGGCCCGCGAGCUGUACCUACAGCUCCUAUACAACAUGAGGAAGAUGUACCACGAUGCCCGCUUGGUCCACGCUGACCUCAGCGAGUUCAACAUACUUUAUCAUGAUGGAGACGCCUACAUAAUAGAUGUCUCCCAGUCUGUGGAACAUGACCAUCCUCAUUCUCUGGAGUUCCUCAGAAAAGACUGCAGUAACAUCACCGACUUCUUUGCGAAGCGCGGUGUGGCGGUGAUGACUGUCAGGGAGCUGUUUGACUUCGUCACCGACCCCUCCAUCACCACCGACAACAUCAACCAGUACUUAGAAAAGGCGAUGGUUCUCGCCACUGAGCGGACGGCAGAGGAACGCUCAAACCAGGAGCGAGUGGAUGAAGAGGUGUUUAAAAAGGCCUACAUCCCCAGAACACUGAUGGAGGUCAGCCAUUAUGAACGGGACGUUGACACCAUGACCAGCAUGAAGACGCAGAAGAACUCGGUCAACUUUCAGGACGACAACAUCCUGUACCAGACGCUUACUGGGCUGAAGAAGGAUCUGUCCGGAGUUCAAACGGUCCCCGCCCUGCUGGAGGCAGAGGAGGAGAGCUCCAGCUCAGAGGACGAGGAGGAAGAGUCUGUUGAGAAGCAGGAACAUGGAGGGGAGCCCCGGAUGGACAAAAAGGAAAGAAAAAAAUUGACCAAGGAAGCUCAGAGGGAAAAAAGAAAGAACAAAUUGCCAAAACAUGUCAAGAAACGCAAAGAGAAGGUUGCCAAGAUGAAGAAAGGCAGAUGAGAAACUGAGCAGACGGACUGUUGGUUUGGAGGAAGUGGGAACUUUUACUCCGCAGUGGGGGAAUUAACUUAAAUCACAGCUUCUGAUAAUGACCUGACUGAGGAACGUUUGUAAUGAUGGUGGGAAAGGGAAAGUUUUUGGGGGCGUUCUUCCUUCGUGGACAGACCGUCAUUUUCCUUGGCUCCGAGUCGAACCAGAUUUUCAUCCCCACUAAACUGGACUGUCUGAUCCAAGCUGUCAUUACAACACACAUUAAAGCUUCUGUCAUGUGCUGUCAUUUUUUUAUUUUCAGUACAGUCUAAUACCUGUAUGAGUGGAACAGAGCAGAAUGGACCAAAUAUCAAAACAAACGGCAGAUAAUCUGUUUAUUAGCGUAGACCACGCAUCCUAAAAACACCAUUAAAUAAUCCACCACAUGCUUCAGGAACAUUUAUCUGCCGUUUCAUUUCAUGUACGAAAUACAUGAAAUGAAACAAAAUAUCGUUUCCCCCUGCCCACAGCAGUGCAACACAGACAAAAACACAUCCAGAAACUACAAGAACACAUAUAUCCAAACUACAAAAAAAAAACUACAAAAACACAUCUAAAAAAAAAAUUCCACUGUCCAAGAGAGCAAAUGCCAGCCAGGAUGACAGAACUGUCAGUCUGCAUGGGCUAGCAGUUAGCUUAGCCUGCUCUGCUUCCGCGUCCUGUCAGGUCUGCAUGGGCUAGCAGUUAGCUUAGCCUGCUCUGCUUCCGCGUCCUGUCAGGUCUGCAUGGGCUAGCAGUUAGCUUAGCCUGCUCUGCUUCCGCGUCCUGUCAGGUCUGCAUGGGCUAGCAGUUAGCUUAGCCUGCUCUGCUUCCGCGUCCUGUCAGGUCUGCAUGGGCUAGCAGUUAGCUUAGCCUGCUCUGCUUCCGCGUCCUGUCAGACCACAUAGGUGUUUCCUCUUCGGGUGCAGCUCCAGGCAGGGCCGUGGUCCCUGGGCCCACAGGAUGCAGCAGACCAAGCUCUCCUAGCCGAUCCAGCACCAGCUCUCCCAGCCAUCAAACGAAGACACAAACUUAAACGCAGACGUGGACAGACACUGCAUGGACAGUACUGGGUGAGGCCGCUGCAAACGUGAGUUCGCGCCGCUGUCUUCCCACACCGGAAGUGGAAAUAACAGACUGACAGAAUGAUUAAAAUAAGGAAAGACUAAUAUAUAAUUAUAUUAUGGUCACUUUUAACUUUUUAAUCCAAUGACAAAUAAUACAUUAUAAUACACAAUAGACAACUUGACUGCAAGUGAACGGCAGCGUUCCCAUUGAGAUUCCGGUUUUCUUCCCUGAAUGUCCAGCUGGGAUGGUGCUUAUUUGUUGUCUAACUGAAUGUAAAGACUAUUUGGCUCACCAUGGAAAUAGAAAACUUAAAAGCUUAUUUAAAAAUAAAAUUGAACAUUUGUUUUCCCUCUUAUUUUGGAAAGACGACAUGGAUGUUUUUUGACCCAAAGGUUUGAAAACAAGAGAAACAAUUCAUGUGCAGCAAACCCUCAAACAUGCAAAGAAGAAAAGCAUCCAGCCAAAGAAAUAUGGAGCACCACCGUUAGUUGAAAAGGGACUGUAGGACAAUGGCAGAACAAGAUCUUCAGGUGGUGCAUUCUAACCACCACCUUGCUGAGUAUUGAGUAGCUCAGAUCAACCCAACUCACACCCUAUAUCUUAUAAAUGCAUGUAAUGUUGUCCUGUUUUAGUGUUGUGUCCUUCUCGCACUCACGUGUGUUUUUUAACAUGGCUGGUCACGUGGCUCAGGUCCUGGGCUGUUCUGGUGGCGUCUGGCCACUGCUUGGCAUCCUGCUCAUCAUAUUCUUCAUAUAUUUUAUAAUUCCAUUAUAAUUGUGUUAUCCUCUUUCAAUGUUGUAUUGUGUAACCUGUGUAAACACAACAUCAUGUCAUGUUGUGCAUCUCGGGAGAGAGAUCCUCCUCUGUUGCUCUCCCUGAGCUUUCUCCCUGUUAAAGGUUUUAGGGAGUUGCUCCUUAUCUGAUGUGAGGGUCUAAACUGACUUCUUUAUAGAAGCCAUUACAGGACAGUUCUUCCCAAUUUCCCAGCUUCCCCUGAUCCUGUGCCUUGGGUCAUGUUCACCUCUACACAUACGCUGCUUUAUUCUUGGAAUGUUUUCCUGUGUUCUGAUGCAUUUUGUGUGUUUUUGAAUCGGAUCUCAUGUGGCACGCAGUGUGUGUUUUUAUGUGACAUGCUUUAUGAAUAAAUGAUGCACACAUGAUCUUCAUAGGUGAGAGACGCCUGCAGCUAGUGCCAGUCUUUUUAAUCUUCCACUAUCAAGAGAUGAAGACUGGAAAAACAUGGAGCCAAAGUGUCAUUAGAA